AUGCCUGGCCUAAUUCAACUUAUUAACGCUUUGAAUGCUUAUGUUAGGAUAGCAUGGGCAGUGAUUUGGUUUGCACUAUGGGGCGUGUUCUUAUACGAGUUUUAUUUGAUUGUCGACAAGUUCUUGGGCUACCCGGCUUCAGUUACAAUAUCACUUGGAUAUAAGACUAGAGUAAGUUUAAAUUUGGGGUAGGGUGGGAUAUAGUGGGGUGAGAUUAAGGUAGGGUAGCGAAAGAUAGGGUUGAGUAAAGUCGGGUGACGGGUAGGAUAGGGUAGUACAGGGCAGGGUAGAGUUAGUUAGGGUAGGAUAGGUUGAUUUUUUUUGGUAGAAGACGGCGGUUGUUUUAAAAAAAAUUAUAGGAACGGUAAUUUUAAAUAAAAAAGAAGAAUAAAUUCUUUUAGGCUUUUCCGAUGGUUACAAUAUGUAAUCAGAACCCAUUGCGAUACCCAAUAGUUCAAAAUAACUCAACAUACGCAGAGGUGAAUGAAAUUGUCAAAACCUACAAAGAAUUGGCUCAAAAUGGCUAUGGUAACGUCAGUGGAAAUCCAUAUAACGUGAAUGUAAGCUAAAAUAACAUUUUUAAAUUUGAGUUUUAGGCUUAAAAACAGAAAAUUUUGGAUCAGAAAAGUUUUAGGUUUAGCGGCUUUAGGCUUAGAGGCUUUAGGCUUUAGGCUUAGAGGCUUUAGGCUUAGAGGUUUUAGGCUUAGAGGCUUUAGGCUUAGAGGCUUUAGGCUUAGAGGCUUAGAGGCUUUAGGCUUAGAGGUUUUAGGCUUAGAGGCUUUAGGCUAAGAGGCUUUAUGUUCCAGGGGCUUGAAGUUUAGGGGGUUUAGGCUAGGUUUUAGGCUCAAAAAUUUUUUAAAAUAUGAAAACUGUUCGACCAGUCAAAAGGGCAAACAAAGUCUAAUAUAAUUAUGUAACGAUCUCAAGCCUUUUUUCGUCUUUUGACAUUUGCGGUUUUUCGAGAAACAAAGAAAUCUCGCCAUAAAUUGACUAUAACAACAUUGCGGCUGGUCUUUGAUUGCCAAUUUUAUUUUUAAGGAUUGUUUCUUUUUAAUACGGAUUAAAACACAUUACUUUGAGGAACUUAUUAACAAUUUUUUUAAAAUAUUUAUUUAAUUUUAAAAAAGUUAUGACAUUUUAAAUUUAAAAAUUGGGGUAAAAUUGACUAAAAUUAGCAGAAAACAGGUAGAAAUGGUCUCAAAAUGGUUGAAUUACCUUAAAAGGGUCAAAAAAUUUCGAAAAAUGGCUGAAAAUACUCAACAAAUGGCAAAAAUACUCAAAAAAUUGGCCAUAAAUACCCAAAAAAUGGCGCAAAAUGCUCAAAAAUUGGCUAAAAACACGCAAACAAUAGCCGCAAAUAUCAUAAAAGUAACAGAAAAACCCCAAAAUUGGCCUAAGCUUCAUUAAACUCUAGGACUACCCGGACCGUUUCACAAAACAAACCAUCCUACAACAAGCCCAAGUGUUAGCCAUGAGCCAAAUAACCGAUGACCAAAAGGCUUAUGCUGGAUACAAGUUGGAGAACUUUAUAUUGGCAUACUACUACAAUAAUGCUGUCGUCAAUUCGACCUUCUUCAAAGAGUUUAUAGAUCCGACUUAUGGUUUGUGUUAUCAGUUCAAUACCAAUGACACUGGCACCACUUUGUUCACUGAUAGAGCUGGAAGUUACUUUGGGUUGAGAGCAUUGGUCUUGGUUAAUGUAAAUUAAAAGUUGGCUUUAUGUUGGUCUUGAUUGAUUUUGGUGUUAAAAGUAGAUUUUUUAGCAAAAAUCUCCAGACGGCACUUUACAAUAUUUACCUACCACCCAAGUCGCUGGGUUGCGAAUAGGUAUCAACUACCAAAAUGAGGAUCCGGCUAUGGAAAAUUAUGGAAUUAAUAUAAACCCUGGCACUGAAACUAUGAUAUCUUUGGAGUUGGUAAGCAUCUACCUCAACCCCUACUUCUUUACUCUACUCGAAAUUUUUACUCUACCCGAAAUUUUUACCCUACCCAAUAUUUUUACCCUACCCGAAAGUUUUACCCUACCCGAAAUUUUCCCCUUACCUGACAUUUUUACCCUACCCGAAAUUUUCCCCUUACCUGACAUUUUUACCCUACCCGAAAUUUUUACUCUACCCGACUUUUUUACCCUACCCGAAAUUUUUACCCUACCCGAAGUUUUUACCCCACCCGAAAUUUUUACCCUACCCGAAGUUUUUACCCCACCCGAAAUUUUUACCCUACCCGAAGUCUUUAACCCACUCGAAAUUUUUACUCUACCCGAAAUUUUUACUAUACCCGAAGUUUUUACCCUACCCGAAAUUUUUGCCCUACCCGAAAUUUUUAUCCUACCCGAAAUUUUUAUCCCACCCGGUCCUAAAAUUUUAAGACUGAAGUCCAACGAGCCAAGAAGCCCUACGGUGACUGUGAGGACAAUGUAACUCUAAACUACUAUACUGGCCUCAACUACACCCUCACCUACUGCUUUCGAUCCUGUAUUCAACAAAAGAACAUUGAAGCCUGUGGAUGUGCCAACCCAGUGUAUUACAAGCCUGACAAUGUCAGUUACUGCACAGUAGACGACUUAGACUGUGUAUUCGCGCAAAAAACGUCGCAGACUGAUGGCAGUAACUUUAGUGUCGUAGCGUCAUGUGGCUGUAAUCCAGCGUGUAGUGAUACUGACUUUGAUGUCAUACUGUCUGUUGGCAAAUCACCUGCUUCUAGCUAUUCUCCACUGGCUAAUUUGAAUCCGGUGGGUUUGAAAUGGAAGGAACUUUGUUUACAAAACAAAAGAUGGCAAGAACUUUCUUUACAAGGCAAAAAAUGGCAAGAACUUUGUUUACAAAACAAAAAAUGGCAAGAACUUUUUUUACAAACACAGAAAAUGGCAAAAACUUUUUUUACAAUACAAAAAAUGUCAAGAACUUUCUUUACAAUACAGAAAAUGACGAAAACUGUUUCCAGAGCUACUCCUGCUCAGUAAACUCAACAUUAUUUGCCAACGAAGCUGCCUGUAUUACCUGGUUCAAAACCAACUCGGCUAUCAUUAACAUAUGGUACGAUGGCCUUGAUUAUACGCUACAAUCAGAAGGCUCAUCGUACUCGUUGAGUACGGCGUCGAACGAUCUGGGAGGUCAAGCUGGCCUGUGGGUCGGCAUUUCAUUAGUCAGUGUGAUUGAAGGAAUAGUGUUUUUGAUAUUCGUAUCGCUGUAUUUUUGCUUCGGCCGAAGACAUACGGAUGUGGAGAUUACCGAUGGUAUACGAACUACUGAUAGUAGAUAUAAUGUAAGCUUUAUUUGUGGAAAGAAGAGUAUUUUAACUGUAGAAGAGCCAGAAAAAUAGAUUUUUAAAGCGAAGUUUUCAUAACUUUGAUUAAAAAUCAAAAAAUGAAGUAUUUAAAAAAUGGAAGUUCGGUGGAAGAUUUGUAAUGUAUUUUGCACUGAAAACCUUCCACUCAACUUCCAUUUUAAAAAUGCCUUGAAAUGGUUUAAAAUCACGUUUUUGACCAUUUUCGGAAGUGGACUUUGAGUGGAAGAUUUUUAGUGCAUUUUGCAGUGAAAAUCUUUCAUUUUUCGAAAAUGACAUAACUUUGUUUCCAGUAAUGAAAAAGACAUAAAAAUAAAUUGAAAAAGGUAAGAACUUUCUUUAAAAUUCAAAAAAUGGCAAAAACUUUCUUUACAAAACAAGACAUGGCAAGAACUUUUUUUACAAACACAGAAAAUGGCAAAAACUUUCUUUACAAAACAAAAAUUGGCAAGAACUUUCUAUACAAAGCAAAAAAUGGCAAAAACUUUCUUUACAAAGCAAGAAAUGGCGAAAAAUUUUUUUACAGAAACAAAAACGACAAAAACGUCAUUUACAAAGCAAAAAACGGCAAGAACUUUCUUUACAAAACAAAAAAUGGCAAGAACUUUCUUUACAAAACAAAAAAUGACAAAACUUUUAAUUUUGAUAGUUUAAACUAAAAAUUCUCUAGAUAAUGAAAGGAUUCAAAGAAGAACUAGACACUCAAGACCUAAUGGACGACGAGAUUGCCAUUCGUUAUCGCGCCUUCAAAAUGCGCGAUGAAAUCAAGCGAAUGGAGCGGAUUCAAGCCGGCGAACGGCUUAAUGCUUUGGCCGUUGCGAAGGCCAAACAACAAAAACAGCCGACGAUUAUGGAGAAACUGCUGGAUUCGGCUACUGAAACGAAAUAA